CACUAUGAAAUGACAGAAAAGGGGGAAAAGUCUGCGUCUUACCACCCCUUUGCUCUUCUUCCUUUCCUAUACUUGAAAAUUUUAAUAUUACAUAAAUUUGGGUUGUGCUACAGAAAUUGAAAAGAAGAAGAAGAAAACUGAAAAUGUCUUCCUUAACUUGUACUAAGCUCACCAUCUUCACCUUAACUGGAGUACUCAUCCAAAUCAUUGGUCUUUCUCUCUUCGUUUUCGGAUUCUUCCCCGUCAAACCAGCUCUCUCUGGUUUCAGUGGUCAGGAGGCUUUUCGUGCACCGAGUUCUGAUUCAGUUCAAAAUCAUAGCAUUGCAAAUCUCCCUCCUGAUGAGCUCAGAUCACUGUAUCAGGAACUAUCUGGGCUCCCUUCUUUUGAUAAGCUAAUACUAAUGGUUAUUGAUGGUCUCCCAGCAGAGUUUGUGCUUGGCAAGGAUAGUAACCCUCCACGAAGGGAGUUGAUGGAAGCUAUGCCAUAUACUCAGUCACUGUUAGCAAAUGGCAUGGCAAUUGGGUAUCAUGCAAAGGCUGCACCUCCUACUGUUACAAUGCCUCGUUUGAAAGCUAUGGUUUCCGGAGCAAUUGGUGGGUUUCUUGAUGUGGCUUUUAAUUUUAAUACACAAGCUCUCUUAGAUGACAAUCUUAUUGACCAGUAUUUUAAGAUUGGUCGGAAAAUGGUGAUGCUUGGUGACGAAACAUGGCUGAAGUUGUUUCCGGGAUUAUUUAAGAGGCAUGAUGGAGUUAGCAGUUUUUUUGUUAAAGAUACUAUACAGGUUGAUCAAAAUGUUUCUCGACAUUUACCUGAUGAGCUUAGUAGAUUUGAUUGGGAUCUCAUGGACUUGAGCUCGGGGAGGAUGAUUGGCAAUGCUGAUUUUUGUGCAAGCCUCUAUGUUCUAGAUGUCAACAAUCCUUCCAACCAUAUUAUUCUUCAUUACCUAGGCUUGGAUCAUGUUGGACAUAUUGGUGGGCGCAACAGUGUCUUGAUGGCCCCAAAACUAAUAGAGAUGGAUGAGGUGGUUAAGAUGAUUCAUACAAAUAGAAUCCUGAAUCAAAUGAAUAAUCACGGAAGGACACUUUUGGUAGUGGUAAGUGAUCAUGGCAUGACUGACAAUGGUAAUCAUGGAGGAUCUUCUUAUGAAGAGACUGAUUCUUUAGCUUUAUUUAUUGGCCUGAAUGAUGUAUCCGGUCAUGAAUCAUUCUUCCAGAAAGCUGUGGACCAGGUUGAUAUAGCACCAACAUUAGCUCUUCUUUUUGGUUUACCAAUUCCCAAGAACAAUGUUGGAAUCCUGAUUUCAGAAACUUUUGGGCAUUUGGCUGAUGGCCAAAAGCUAAGAGCACUCGAAUUGAAUUCAUGGCAAUUGCUUAGAUUAUUGCAAGCACAACUACCUGGCUUAUCAUGUGAAGGUUUCCCAUAUCAGGGAUCAAUCGAUGAAACCUCCAGAAUAAGUAAGUGCAAUGGUAGCACAGAGAAGAUAUUUUGUUGCUUAUAUACAACUGCCGCAUUUCUCCAUAAUUCAUGGAUGUCUAAGGAUGUAUCCAGGUUUAACCAUGGGGAUGAGUAUGCCAUUGCUGUUGGAGCAUACAAUGAGUUCUUAAGAAUUGCAAGUGAGUGGUUAUCACGCAGAGCCACUGAUAAACCUUUCAGCUUGCUUGGUUCUGGAGUUUCUGCAAUGAUCCUAUCUUGUGUAAUAUUGCUGAGCCUUUUAUGUCUAAUGUGCAAAGAAGUUUAUGGCAGAGAAAGGAAAUGUGUUUCUAACUUUGAGAGUAAUAUCAUGCAUGCAUGGAAUUUAGACGAGGCUUUUACAAUUGGUGUUAUCUUUAUCCUUGUAAUAAGUAUGGGAUCGAGUUCUAUGGUGGAGGAAGAGCAAUAUAUAUGGCACUUUGUUAGUUCGACAUUGCUUUUCCUAUUACUGCGUAAAUCAGUACAGUCUUCACAAGCUGAAAGGGCACAGAAUAUAUUUAAUUUGUUCAAUGGAAAAAACAAAAAUAUUGGUUUUCAAACAAUGUCCAUAGCUUUGCUUCUUGUCUCUGGUAGGAUCUUGAGAGGCUGGCAUCAAGGAGGUGUGAAUUGGACAGAUCUUCCUGAUAUAUCUAAGUGGCUUGAGCAGGCUGGGGGUGAUCAUCUACUUAGAGAAAUUCAGCUAGUUGCAGGUCUCAUGGUCAUUGCUUUAAGCUUAAUUUCUCUAUCUGUAUUUGAUUUAAACAGAAAGUCUGUUGCAGUAAUUGGAUUUUGCUUUUUGACUUCUGGGCUAUUGGUUUUGCAACAUAUUAUGAAACAGCAGGAUAGUAUGUUUGCACCAUCUAGCUAUAAUGCAACGAUGUUGGUACAAAUAAUCUAUACAGUUCUCGGUUUUUCCACACUUGGUAUUGCUGUGGCUGUACCAUGGUUAUCGCCUUGUUUGAAUUCCAAAACAUGCUCAAAUAAUUAUUCAUAUAUAUUAGCUUCUGGCCCUGACGAGCUUCAUUAUAAGUCUCUGCUGGUGGAACUAAAAAAUUGUUCGCUUGUGAUUGGUUGGACAUACAUAUGCUCUUGGUGCCUUCUGCAGUUGUUACUCCAACAACCAAUUAAUUCAAUGCCUAUAUUAUUGCUGCUUUUGCAAGUUUUAGUCGGCAUGCUUUAUUGUUUUUACAGGGGGGAACAUAACAAGCACUGGGUUGAGGUUGCUGUGUUCUACUAUAUGGGAAUGGCAGGCCAUUAUGCUUUGGGCAACAGUAAUUCUUUAGCCACCAUUGAUGUUGCUGGAGCUUUUAUUGGCAUCUCAAAUCAUUCAACUAUACUGUCUGGCAUUUUGAUGUUUAUGAUCACCUAUGCCUCCCCAAUGCUAGCCGCUCUUAGCAUGGUGAUGUACGUCUCUGUUAAGAUCAGUAACUAUGCUGCACUUUCCCUAAAUGUGGAUUCCAGACUACUCCUAAAAAGAUUGCUGGGCUUUCCUUGUCUACUCCCACUGAGCUUGAACUCCAUUUUGUUGGUGUCUUACACUAUCGUAUUGAUAUUAAUGAGGAACCAUCUGUUUGUGUGGAGUGUUUUCUCUCCAAAGUAUCUUUAUGUGUGUGCUGCAACGGUGUGUCUUUAUAUUGGGGUCUCUAUUGUGGCAACAACUGUGAUUUAUACAUACUUGGUUCUGUCUUUUAUGAGAACCAUGCGGGGUUCUUCUGCAAGCACUAACGAUAAAGAAUAGAGCUCGGUUACCUCGACCCAUAAUUCCUUUUAAUGGUUGAGUAUGUACUUGAAGUAGUUUAGCAGGGGAAACAAAGAGUAACACGACUAGUUUGUCACAGUUGAGCAACUACUCAUCAUUAUUGUCUUUUCAAUUUUUUUUCUUUAUUAUUAUUAUAUUUUUCUUAUAAAAAAAUAGUCAUGAAUCAAACAAAAAUAUACAUUUCUUAUAAAAGAUUAUAAAAUAUACUUUAA